UCCAGCCGAGGUGACCGACGACUCCGGCUGCGUGCCCACUUCUACAAACUCCAUUCAAUUUCGACACCAUGAGCAGGGAGGCUCAUUCAUUUUGCAAGUUUUAAGCCAGAGGCGCUUGUUUACGGACAGCACGGGAGCAAUGACGGCUUUCUCCAGCGGAUCUGCCGAUUAGAGUUCCAACAGUGAUUCUCACCGGGCUGCAGUGUUUGCACUGUGACCUGCAAUUUUGGAUGUAUUAAAGCAAGAAGCGGAUCAACGGCAACCAUGGAUAUUGGCAAUGAUGUGGAUUUGUCCAAUAAUAACAUCACGCCCCUGUGGAGACGGUGUCCAGAUAAUGGUAAUAGUCGUCAGGGCUCAAGCAAACCCAAAAGCAGACCCCACAGUUACCACAUGAAUGGGGUCAUGACUACGGACUUCCCCGUGGAGGACAAUGGCUGUCCGUUCACCUUGAGCCAGCCCGCUGAGAGGCUGGUGGUGGCGUCGCCGUGCUCGGACAGGAACCCCACGGUGCUAAAGCACAUUUUACACAAACCUUCAAGGAAGACCAGAGUAGUUCGAAGCAUCAGUAUUGGACACUUUUCCAGUGGACGCUUCUCACUGUCUAAGAUUAGGUCUGAGGACAAAAAGUCUGCUUCACUGACCGACAGAGUAUGCAAUGGAGCCGGUACCAAGGGAAAAACCACUAACGGAGACUCGAUAUGGCCGGAGAAGCAUCCUAAGGUCCUUCGGAAAUGCGUCUCUGGUUCUUUGGCUGUGAACUCUCAAAUAGACCAGAUAGCAUUUGGGACAAACUCAUCUUCCCUGGACUCUGUUUCAGUUGACCGGUCUUCACCUGUCUUUCCUCAACGCACGCCUAACAAUGGCAACCACUGUGAACUGUCCUCCCUCUCGUCCACUUCCAGCUCCUCUCCUCCGACCCGCCGCACCCUCACCCCCUCCCACAGUUCCAACUCCAGCAUCCUCUCUCUGUCCUCCUUAACCUCCUCAGACCCCCCCACCCCUCGCUCGCCAUCACCUGCAGACAGAGGCCAGCCACUGCUCAGGCAGUCUCAGAUGUACACGCCUCCAUCCUCACAAGACGCCAGACAUGUCUCCUCAUCUUCCUCCGUGUCCUCACUGUCCCCCACACCAUCGUUUUCCCCAUCCAUCUCCCCCUCGCCUUCCAUUGUCCUCAGCACCCACAGCCCCGCUGCCCUGAAGAUGGGCACCCAGCAGAUUAUUCCCAAGGGUUUAGCGUCCGACGUUCGACUGACAAAGACGGCCGCCUCUGGCACUCAGGGACAAGGCUUGGCAGGGCUGCUGGGGUUGGAUCCCUCCAAGCGGGCGGCGAAAGCCAUCAGCAUGGUGGAAACAGGGGCCUACUUCUCUACAGGAGGGGGCCAUGGCGUGGAGACGGAGGGGGAGAGUGAGGGCACAGGAAUGCUGAGGAGAGGCUUGAGGAGCACAUCCUACAGGAGAGCUGUUGUGAGUGGAGUAGAGCUAGAGGUCCCAACGUUGGAUCCAAGGACCCUUCAGCUGUCGCAGCUGGACAUUAAAGGGUCAGAUAUGGAUAACUUGACUUCGUCGGGCAGUCCAGCCAGUGCAGGGACCGGAAGCCUCACUAGUUCUGGAGCAGCUAAACCUGGGAGCCCCGGGACGCCCAGCUCUGUCAGCCCCAAGAUUUCAAAGGCUGUCAGUCCUGUGUUGGAAAAGCUGAAAAGUGAGGAGAGAAACAAGAGUCCAGACAGAAAGAAGGUUCUGACCAGUCAGCGGACGUUUGAUAGUGAGGAGGAGGAGCUGUACCAGAACUAUCAGGAGAAGGCUUUACACAACGACUCCGACGAGGACCCCGAUGCUCAAGAGGCCAAACCUGAUGACGGCAUCGUGGUUCAGUACCGACCCAUCCGCACCUCCUGGAGCCAGCUCAGCGUGGUGAAAAAAAGUGGCUUGUCUGACCUGAUAAGUCAGGAGGAGCGCAAAAGACAAGAGGCCAUUUUUGAGGUGAUCUCCUCGGAGCACUCUUAUCUCCACAGUCUGGAAAUCCUGAUCCGCAUGUUCAAGAACUCUGCGGAGCUCAGCGAUGCCAUGACUAAGACUGAGCACCACCACCUCUUCUCAAACAUCACCGAUGUCUGCGAGGCAAGCAAAAAGUUUUUUAAGGAACUGGAGGAGAGGCACCAGCAGAAUAUUGUGAUCGACGACAUCAGUGACAUCGUCUGCAAACACGCUCAGUCCAACUUUGAUCCCUACGUCACGUAUUGCUCCAACGAGGUUUACCAGCAGAGAACCCUGCAGAGGCUGGUGUCUAAGAAUCCGGCUUUCAAGGACGUGCUGACCAGGAUCGAGGGCCACCCAGACUGCAGGAAUCUGCCCAUGAUCUCCUUCCUCAUCCUGCCCAUGCAGAGGAUCACCCGCCUGCCUCUUCUCAUGGAUACAAUUUGUCAAAAGACACCAAAAGACUCGGCGCAGUAUGAAGAGUGUACAAGAGCUUUACAGGCAGUCAGCAAGGUGGUGAGAAAGUGCAACGAAGGAGCUCGCACAAUGGAGAGGACAGAAAUGAUGUACACCAUCAACUCUCAGCUGGAUUUCAAGAUCAAGCCCUUCCCGCUGGUCUCCUCCUCCAGGUGGAUGGUGAAGCGAGGAGAGCUGACGGCGCUCGUGGAGGACAAUGGCAUCUUCCUCAAGCGGACGUCCCGGCAGCAGGUGUACUUCUUCCUCUUCAACGACGUCCUCAUCGUCACCAGGAAGAAGAGCGAGGAGAGUUACUCUGUGAUAGACUACGCUCUGAGGGAUCAGAUCUGGGUCGGCUCCUGUCAGCCGGAGGACAUCAACCUGUCACCGGUGCGGACCACUGCCAGCAUGCUGAGCUCGCGGCAGCCCGGCGCCAACCACCUCUUCCGCCUGUGUUUUCGGAGCAACCACUCCGACGAGAAGGUGCCCAUGAUCCUGGGAGCAGAGCUGCUGAACGAGCGCGCUCGAUGGAUCAGCGCCCUGGGCCAUAAUGUCAACAAUGAGAAGAAUCAGGACAGAACCAAUGCCAUGCAGGUGGAGGUGAUCCGGACGUACACAGCCAAGCAGCCGGACGAGCUGUCGCUGCAGGUGGCCGACGUGGUUCUGGUCUCACAGACUGUAGACGGCUGGUACGAGGGCGAGCGGCUGCGUGACGGAGAGCGGGGCUGGUUUCUGACCGAGUGCGCCGAGCCCAUCACGUGCCAGGCCACCAUCGAGCGCAACAUGCAGCGGCUGGACCGCCUGCAGGGCCUGGAGACUAAUGUGUGACGGGACGUUUGAGCCGGGCUUCAGCGAGCCUUCCGCCGACCUCUCGACACGCCGGCGACCCGCCCUUUUAAACGCUGAACUCAGACAAAUGAGUUCAGUAACAGCGUCAGCGGGCUGCCUUAGGGGAGCGAGCGGGCCGCGAUCGGAGCCGCGGAGGCCGCCGUGUGGGAUGGGGAUGGCGGCCGCCGCUCGGACUUCUGCUUCAGCAUGGAGUAAACAUCAGGCAUGCUGUGCGGGGUUUCAAAGCGGAGACGGUUAAGAACAAACACGGCAGAAGAAUAGAGAUUUUCCUCAAUUACUGAUUGGUCCCUGUGUGGGCGGGAUGGCUUGACAGAGGGAUCUGUCACAUUGAUUAAUUCCCUGGCUGGUUAGAAAACUUCACACCCACAGCCAAAGUCAUUGCUUUCAACACCCUGCUACAGAACUGUCUGUGAUUUGUGAAUUUUUUUUUUUCUUCUUCCUUUUAAUUUCCAGUUAGUUCUUUGUAAGUGAUGUGCGGCGUGAUCGCUGCAUCCCGCCGCCGCCGCAGGAGGCGGAACAGACCAAACGGUGUGUAAUUGACAGCAGCCUGGUGUGCGCUCCGUUAAUGAGGCUCGGGCUCUGCGUGGCCGGGCGAUUCGGUGCGUGUGGAACGUUGAAGAUGCUGAUUAUGAAGGUGAUAACAAGGCAGCUUGUUUACUGUUGUGAAACACGCUCGUUUCAGCGACAUUAAAGGCAGUGACAUAAGAAACUAUGAUUUAUAAUUGAUACGUGUUUAUAGCGGCUCUCCGUCAGGGGGGCAUGGCGUUCAGGGGCAUGACUUUCCCCAGCAUGGUGAUGUUUAUUUUAUUUUUUUUAGGCAAAAGCAUGAUGAAAAAGAAAAAAAAAACAAAAACAAAUGGAAGGUAAAGAUAUCAUUUAUUUUGACAAAUUGUUUUUUUGGACUGAAUUGCAUUGCAAUUUAAAAAGGGAGCUUCUCCUCCCAGUGCUGGAAAACCUCAUCAUACGCAGGUGAAUGCCAUCCACCCAUGAUUGUCUGUGCACUUAUGCAGCCUUUUUUAUUUUUUUUUGCAUAUUUUUAAGUGUGGUUUUGUUGCACAGUACGGGAGUUUAUUGCAUUCACAUAUAAAAAAUAAUUGCGUUUCUGAAUUAGUGAGAUUUGUUUUCAAACAACAAAUAUCUCCAUGAAAAAAUAUUUUUGGGUUGUUUUUUUUGGGGAUUAAUCAGAGUUUAUGCUUCAGAAUGAGGUUGAAACGUGGCAAAGAGUUUAUCAUUGCUGAAAGUUAUGUGAAUGUAAUAUCCUUCCUUCUCAGAUGUCUUAUAUUCUCAUAUUUCCCCUCUGAGAGUUUUGGCUGUCUGCAACUAUUGCUUGUUUUGUGUUUUAUGUCUUCGCUCCCCUGCUGUAACAGCAGAUAUCAUUCAGAUAUGAAAUCAUUCUGGGUUUUUUUCUCUAUACCAGGGGUUUGCAACCUUUAAAAUCAAAACAGUCUUUUAGCUGCUACUGUACCAAAUAAAACGGACGUGACGAUUUCAGUGUCACGUUUUUCACACCAGACAGCAAGACAAGAGUCUGUGAAGGAUUGUCAGCUGUGCAACGAAAUAAAAAAAUGUUUUAUUUAGUGAGUAAUUCUGUCAAAACUGAAGGAAGCCACUAGAGAGAGGCUGCAGUUUGUGGAGAUGAUGGGUUUCUCACGUCUUCUGCUCGGGCGUGUAAAUCUGCGCGUAAAUAAACAGUCGCUUCUAUUGUGGCGAUUAAGUAGAACAACACAUCAGAUACAACACACCCUGAGUGUCGACAACCUGCACCACACAUUUUCCUGCAAGCCAUCAGUCUUCAGUUAACUAAGGAAAAAAAAAAAGACUCUAGUAUUUUAAUUCAGUUGUUCAUCCCCAGGCUGAUUUUCUUUAAAGUGACGGGGGGAGAUGACUCUUUUUGAUUGUGAUGGUUGCAGACCACCGUUCCAGUUCACCAGCUGAUUGUUAACCAGUACAACGUCCAGGCCUGUGCAACUCUUGUUCUCUAGUUGCUCAUUAUGUAUGAGGUCUGCAAGCAGAGUUAAGGACCUUGCCAAUGGCCACAUACUCUCAUAUCAACGUGCGUAUACACUUGUUUGCGUACAUACUGUAUGUGGAAGCUUGUGUUUACAGAUAAGGGGGGGGGGGGGGGGGGGGGGGGGGGGGGACCCUCCUGGGACAAGGGAAAAAAGGUUGAUUCAAUCUGUUUUCUGAUUUUAAUUGAAUUGUGAAUUCUACCAUUCCAUUGCUGCAAGGUCCAGGAUGUCCUUUUUUUUUGUUUUUUAAGAUGGUUUUGGACAACACGUCAACUACAGAGGACACAAGUCAAUGAGCUCCUGGAGGACAGCAGCUGUACUGUUCGUAAAGCCGGUUUUAAGAAGGAGGAAAACCAUGAAAGCUACUUAUCUGAAGCCAGACAUGUUUUGUGUGAAUUUAUAUUAAAAAAAAAAAAGUCAGUCAACGGCAUGGUAAUAAGAUUUACAGUAAUCUCAAAGACAUAAUCUCAAAUUUCAUCCAAGUGU